AUGCUGCAAAGCUACGAGCAAGACUUUCUGAAAAUCCUAAUAGAAUGCCGAACAAUCAUCGUGAGGCCAGACAAAGACGCUCUCCUAAAGCUCCACAAAGACCUAAAUGAAGCCCAAAAAUUGCUAAAACAGAUGGAAUUUGAAGCCUCAAUGAUGCCUUUUAUAGCAAAAUCUCAAUUGCAAACUAGAAUCAAAAGACAUGAAGGCGACUGAAAAGAGCUGAUGCAAAGAGUAAAAGAAGAAGAACGAAAAAUCGCAGAAAAUAUCAACAGAGAAGUCCUAAUGGGACAAGCACUUAAAAAUGAGCCAGUUCAAGACAAAAGGUUGACAGAGUCUCAUAAGCUGCUAGCAGACCAAGGAGACAGGCUAGAACAAGGGAAAAAAAUGGCUUUGGAGUCUGAAUCCAUCGCAAUCAACACUAUGACCACACUAAAAAUGCAGAGAGAACAGAUUUACAGAGCUUCUUACGGCGCUCAAGAUAUUUCAGAAAAUUUAGGGAAAUCUAAUAAAAUGAUAGCUGCAAUGCACAGAAGGGCUCUGACGAAUAAAAUGAUAAUGAUUGCGAUCAUUAUUCUGCUGGUUAUGACUAUUGUUGUUGUCUUUUAUAUGAAAUUUCUUAAGUAA